GACACACACACACACACACACGCCUCGGAUUGCAGGGAUUGAGCAAGUCUUUUGCUUUUUAAGAUUAAAAAAAUAAUAAUAAAUAAAUAGUAAAAAGAAUGGGUUUCCGAAGCCGUUUCUGGUGUGGUUGUUUGUUGUUGGUAGCCACGGCGGGUAUGUGGCAGGGCGGGCAGGGGCAGGAGCGAGAGCUUCUAAGUCUGAAUAUGGGAGACCUGUGCGGAAAGGCAAACUACCCGGUUUUGUGUCGAUCUAUGGUGAAGGGUCUGAGUAACCCAUCUGUAGCCUUAGAAUCCGCCAUCAGGCAGUUGAUGUUGCAAACAAAAAUGGCGAGGACUACAGCCAGGAGGCUGAGGAAGUCACCGGGCAUGGAGGUAUGCUCCGAGACUUACCAAGACGCCUUCAGCAACCUCAAGACAUGCCUUUCAACCCUCAAAACCGGAGACAAACCUACCCUCAACAUCAACCUCUCUGCAGCUUUGACCGACUACGUCACCUGCGACGAUGCCGUGGCCGAGAGAGGCAGCACUUCUCCCGUAACCCGAACAAACCUUACACUCCGCCAAAUGGCCACCAACUGUUUGUACUUGUCUAGUUUGAUUGGCGUUCGCUGAAACAUUUGUUUGGAAUUGUGUGCGCCUUGGGUUACAGUUUUAGUUUAAGAUUAUUUUUAUUU